AUGGCUACUUCAGAAAAUGUCUCAGCUUCAAUGUUUAUGCAGAAAGGUGAAAGUAAAAGUCCAAAAAGUCCCACAGGUUCAGAAUUAGUAAGAAAAAAUUCUACUGCCAAAACAAACAUACCGGUGGAAAUUAUUACAGUUAAGGACUUUUUCGACUUCAUGAAAACAGCUUAUCAAGUCUAUGAGCAUUUAGAAGGCAACGAAGAGGAAGGAUCUAAAAUAAACUGGGAAGAGUUGACUAAAUUGACUGUUAUAAAUCAUGUCAUUGAGAAACAAGAGAGAGAUCUUCUUUAUCAAACAGCUUUUACAGAACAAAAACCAAUAAUUAGCAAAAGCGACACAGCACUUGCAAUGAAAAAUAAUGAAUUAGUUCCAGUAGAAAAGCGUCUCAGUUAUAGUGAAAUUGAAUGUAAAGGCCUUAGACGUUCAUUGCCCGCAGAAUUUAAAGUGGAGAUGCUUGGAGCUUGGACUGAAGCUAAUCUUAACUGUAAAUUAAAUGAUGUAAUUAAUGAAGGAAUUUUGGAUUCCAUUUUGCCAUAUCUUGUUGAAUAUAAAAAACCGUCAAAGACAACAAGUGCUUACACGCCUAUUAUUAAAAAGAACUCUUCUACCAAUGUAAACGAAGUGAAGAAACCGGCAAGUUUCGGAGGUUUCAUCAAUGAAAAAGAAUCGAAAGAUAGAUUAGGGAGACGUAAAUCUUCUGUGAUAGCAGCUCAAGAACGAUGUAACCAAAAACAAGAUGGUGAUGUUGAAAUUCAUGUUUGUGACGAAAUAAAGGGCUUGAAAAAGGAUUUUCGAUGUCCUCAGAAAUUACUUGUGUCAAAAAUGGGCUAUUUCGCAGAUGUGACAGCGGGACAGAGGCUUGAAGAUAUGGAUAUUUCCGUACAUUGUGAUAUACAGAUCUUUGACUGGCUGAUGAGAUGGGUGAAACGCGACACCAUCCUGGUAGCUGAUUGGCCGCUACUGGACCCUCACAACGUAGUGCCAAUCCUAGUUUCGGCUUCAUUCCUUCAGAUGGAGCCGCUGUUACACGACUGUUUGAUAUUCUGUCACGCUCACAUGAACGAUAUUGUGAAGACGUCCACCAACCUUGCUUGUUUGAGUGACACUCUACUAACGAGUCUUGCAGCAAUGUAUACGAACGCUGAGCUCGAGGCGGUGCGGGAUCGACGCGACAAGAUACAAUCGCGGUUGUACUGCAAGCUAAUCCUAUCGCUCGCCGAGCCCGUGCCGGAGACCCUGCGCGGGCACUACGCUACACUGGCAACGCUGUUUAAAUGCACCAAAUGCAACAAGCUCCUGGGACGUCACGUUGCCGAACAGGUGCCGUGCCAGCCUUCUAGCAUGCGGAUCGAUAGACGUGGGAAUGUUAUAUCCUCACACACCAAAGAUCUAUCCUGGAGCUUGAACGAGUAUAUCACGUGGUUGUACGGAGAACUGCGCUCAUGGCGGCGCGUGUACUGGCGGCUUUGGGCCGACUGCCACUUUCUACGCUGCCAGUUAUGUGACACAUAUUUCCCGGUCUACCAGAUGGAGUGGUGUUCCCACCACGAGCAGAGCGCUGCGCUGGUAGCGGGUGACGCGGCGGCCGGCCGCUACCCGUGCUGCGGACAGCGCGCCUACCGCUUCGAAACUCUCCCGCGUAACACGGGUUGCCAGUUCCGCGAGCACGUUCCUGAAGAGCGCACAGCUGGUGACGCAGCGGUGGCUGCGCUGUACACGCGCUUUCGCGACCUCAUCGCUAUGCGCCCGCCUCAUCUUGUCUUCCCCGAGCGACUGACUCGACUCGUUGCUAGAGAAUAUCAAAAAGUGGUAAGAAAAACAGAAGGAGAAAGAUAUUGUUCUUCUUGGUUUGCCUAUAAACAUCUUUUAUUUUUACUCAAUGCUUCACCAAAGAAGCUGCGAAUCGACGAGCAAGUUGAAAAUAGCGACGAAUCUUGUGACGACGGUGAGGAGGAGUUAGAAACAGAGGUAGUACUCGACGAAGAUAAAUUAAAUGACAUUUUACAACCGGUUACAGAAAGUACAUCGAUUCAUCAAGCGCGUCGUGAACUAAGUGAUAACGUGGCUUUCAACAUAAACAAGCUACCUGAUGACCCAUAUAAAGACGAAUACGGCUUGUUCGGUGAAUUCAUCGCCUAUAAACUUAGAAAGCUUGGCCCACGUAACAGAAUAUUAGCACAGCAACGAAUAGGUGAUGUACUCUUCGCAUUGGAAAUGGAAGAAGUAAAUGAAGAGGUUAUUUAUGAUGAUGAAAUACGUUCAAAUUCUUCUAAACAAAAUGAUACCGAAACAGAAGUGAAGGUCUCACCUAGUUCACCAUUUCAAAAUGAUACUUUACCGAAAAGUCCAACGUAUGAAGAUUGA